GAGCAAUGGCUCAUACCCCCGUAACCAAACAAAAUAUUCAAUGGUUCAUGGUCCCGUAAGGUUCAUGGAUGCUCACUUUGCGUGAAUAAGCUGCGAUGACACUACCCCUGUUGUCGUUGUUGGUGAUUUCAAUGUGGAUGUGUCGGUACUGUUGGAUCUCUUUGGACGAAGGUUCAUCCCAAGCGCUGCCACCAGUUGUUGGAUCUGGAGACGAUCCCAAAUGCUGUCCCCCAGAUAUUGGACCUUGCCGUUGGGUGCGGGAGUUGGCCGAGGUUGAGGAGGACGUCGGGAUGAAAAACUGGAGGUUUAUUUACAUUAUUUGCAGUGAGAGUACAAAGAAAUUAACAGUCAUAAAGUCAUUACGGGCCGGCAGCAACUCGGACGCCCCGGCCCGUGGCAAGAAGCUCGAAAGAGAUGAAUGAAGGAAUGCUCCCUUGCUGCUCCCGGUCUCUGGCUUUUAAGCCCUUCGGUGUCUCGAAGACACGUCACGUUCGGCCAAUCGGCGAGCCCGCUUAGGUGUCGUCAUUUUCGGCCAAUGGUAGGCGCCCGUACGAUUGUGUCGCACCCGGCGCACAGGGUCGCUCCUUGGGCCCCAAUUGUCCGAGCGCUUACUUCUCUCUGCGGUAUUGCCAUUCUGACUUGCAAGCGCCGUCACAAAGGCGGAUGGGGGCGACGUUUCAGUGCUACAAAGCAGCUUUGCUCGGGCCCUGCGUUACCUGGAACCGUGCCAGGCUCCCGCUACACUUUCGGGAACAGUCAAGCAGUGAAUAGCUCCACCUGCGGCGCACGAGGUGGGGGACGCCAACUCGUUUGCACGUGCCGCGCCUCGGGAACGGGGUAGAUGUGCUUCUGCGCUCCUUAAUUAGCUGUGACGCGAUUAGAUGUGGUCUGGUGAACUCGAAGUAGGCUCAGGAAAAGGUCCCGUAUCUAACAUUACCGAAAAGGGAGUGGUUUACGCGUUCCGUGUUGCAGGCAUAUCUCUUGCGAUGACACACCGAUCCUGCCCAACCGACCACCCAGCGGCGUACAUGCAUCGAUUUGACAUUAUCAAAGAAUGUGAUUGCAGUUGCGAGUGAAAUAAUGACCACCGAUCAAGACAAUAAAUUAAUGUGCGUACGUUUCGUCACGACGGCUACCCAUCAAUACAAUAAAUGAGUUCGUACCUUCGUUCCAAAUUAUGUGUUGCCUCCGUGUCGUGUGCUAAAUAGCUUCGCUGGUCAACCAGCUUCACAGAGUGGAAUGGCUCACGAUUUUUUUCUGCUACGGCCUGAUUCAGAGCCUAUACAACCCUGUAGUGGGUUGAGCCAUAACUCAGGCACCAAACCAGACCAAAACUUGACAGAACGACGACUGUGCGCACGCGCCACGAAAAGAACAAUGAAAGAAGAAGAAGAGAAGAAGGAGAAGAAGAAGAAGACAUGUUGUCCUUGAUGGUGGCUGCGUGCACCUUCUGCUCCGGGGCCUUUGCAGCCGUCGUAGCCUUCGUUCCGGCUGAGCACCCGGACUUGGACGAGCAGUGGCUUCUCAGUCCGGAAAACAUCUCGGUUCCGGACUUCCGGCUACGCGCCCUGCGUCCAGUGAGCGCCGACGGCCGCCCCCUGCUCUUCAGCUGCUCCGCGGCCACGACAAUCGAUGAGCCGGCGGCCGCCAACAUCUCCUGGGACGUGUCCACGGCCAACGAGAGCGGCGUGGUCUCUGUGGACUCGCGAACGGGUCUCUUCGGCGCCGUGGUGGUCGUGGACUCGCUGCUCGCCAUCGAGGCACCGCUGAGGGUUCGCACCGCAGGAGUCGCCUGCAGGAUCACUCUGGCCGAUGGACGGCAGGUAACGCUCAAGGAACGGGUGGUGACGGCGCAGACGUCCCUGGCGGCGGGCACCGUGGACCACUUGCGGCUGGCGGAAUACGGCGAGAUGGGGCGCGAGUGCGGCCGCGAGCGCUGCAAGAGUCACGGGGCAGUCUGCGAGUCUUCCUCUCUCGGACACUUGCUCUUGUGCGCCUGCCCGACCAACAUGUCCGUCUACGACCGCUUCUACGACAUCUGCCACCAGGGGCGAACCCUGCACGAGAAUUGCCUCUUCUCUGAGGCAUGCUCCUCAGCAGACCCUGAUUCUCGGUGCGUGAACGGCACGUGCAAGUGCUCCGAGGGCCUUCAGUCGGUGGGCCUGGGCCCCUGCCAACGGUGGGCCUCGUACGGCGAGCGUUGUGACCGCACCGUGGCCGGCUGCACGGGUCUGGGCGUUGUGUGCGGCCCCGACUCGGUGUGCGCCUGCGAACGGGGCCGCGUGCGCCUCAACGACUCGUGCGUCAUCCAACCGGAGCCGGAGAGCGACAGCGUCACCCGGCUCACUCCGCGCCAGAGGGUGGCGCUGAUUUCGUCGGUGCUGAUCACGCUCACGGGAGUACUGCUGGCGCUGGUCAGCCUGUGCAGCCACCUGUGCCAGCGGUGCACUGCCGAGGGAACCAGCGCCGACGACGUUGCCUCGUUCAAGGUGCCGGAGUGGGCCGAGGCGAACAGCUAUUACAUGUCCACGCGCUUCUGGGUCUCCGAGCAGCCGUACUUCUCGAUGGCCCACCGAGGAGUGAGGCGGCCGCCCAAGAUGUACUUCAACUGGUAGCAGCGUGUCCACUUCUGUUGGGCGCGCCGUUUACUCUGACGUGUCUGGGCCUAGGCACGAGGCUCGCUUUGACGCGCUUGCCGUUUUUGCCAAGUAAAACGUGAAUAAUA